GAUAUGCAGUGGCGCCGGCUGUGCGGGCGCUGGACGGCGCUCGCCGCCCGCCCGGGCCGCGGCGGUCCCGUUGUGGCCCGGAUGCCGGUGCCGUCUCCGUGGCGCGCAGCGCGGUGAGGUGCUGUGAUCCAGCGCCGCCGGCGACGAGCCGCCGACGGGCCGCAGUCAGCCCGCUCCGUUCCGCAGUAGUCUGAGUUGGGCGGCGGCGGCGGCAGCGCAGACCGACGGGCGUCGGGAGGGGAGACACGCCACGCUGACCGCAGCGACGGGGACUGACACCGAGUGACCGGUCAGACAGCAGCUGCGACCCACACCGAAUCAUCGGUGUGCAUCGGUCGCGCUGGGUCGAACCGGACCGGAGUAGAACGGACGGUCUAUCACCGUCCCACCAGCCGGUCAGGUCAGGUCAGGUCACAUGAGAGAGCCAACUGCGUGGUUUAUUCCCAGCACUCUUCGCUGCUCCAUCAUCAUCAAGAUAUCACUAAGGUCACUAUAGCGUCACAAAGCAAAACGUCACCAAGAAAAGGACGUCACUAAGCAGGAGGUCAGCAUGCCGACCAACUACAGCUUUACAGCGGAGACGGGAGAGCCGGACAGCGUGGAGAUGACUGGGCCAGCGGCGGACUCGGGCGGCCGGCGGCUGUGUGUGCUCGGCACCGGCGACUUCGGGCGAGCGAUCGCCAAGCGGGCCGUCACCUGCGGCUACUCGGUCACCAUGGGCGCCAGGAGCAAGGACAAACGACCUGACAUGCUGAAGCUGAUUGAGGCCACGGGCGCCAAGCUGAAGACCCAGCUGGACGCCAUCGCCAGCGCAGAGAUGGUGGUGGUGGCCAUCUCCAGCAACUUUUACGACUCGCUGCCGCUCCAGGCGCUCAGCAACAAGGUCCUUAUCGACGUCAGCAACAGCAACACCGGCUCGGGACGCACGCCGAGCCUGCGCUCCAACGCCGAGCGUCUGCAGGAGCUGGUGCCCUCCGCCAUCGUGGUCAAGUCGUUCAACCUGCUGUCGGCCUACCUGCUGGAAUCGGGUGGCAUCCAGGGCAGCAAGGAGCUGCCGGUGGCCACCGAUUCGGACCGCGGUCGUCAGAUGGUGACCGCGCUGAUCCGCGACCUGGGCUUCUCCCCCGUGGACAUGGGCCCGCUCCGGAUGGCCCGGGACAUUGAGCGGAUGCCGCUGGAAUUCUUCACCGACUGGAGAGGAGCCGCCACUGUUGUGGGGACCAUAUUCAUCGUGUUCUACAUCUUCAAUGUUUUCAAAUUCCAGUUUUGCAAAAACCUCACCGUCAACAAGACAUGGCAGUGGGAGCCGUUUAAGGACCUUCUGAUGACCACGUUUAACCGAAACCUGGCUGUUGUGGCGCUCACCGUCCUCGGGGCCAUCUAUCUGCCAGGUGUUAUCGCGGGCUACAUCCAGCUGUACCGUGGUACCAAGUACAGUCGGUUCCCCGGCUGGCUGGACCGCUGGCUACGCAUGCGAAAACAGAUGGGAUUGCUGAUGCUUGCAAUGGGUGCAGUGCACGGCUGCAUUUCUCUGGGGAUCUACCACCCGCACCACCAGUACGACUGGCUGUUUGGAGCCCCGAAAAUCAUCCGCACCGAGGUUCAGGUGAACGGCACGUACUUCGAGACGCAGCCGGUCGACAUCUGGUACCACCGGCCCAACUGGCGAGGCGAGCUCUUCCUCACCACAGGGGCGCUCUCGUUGUGCCUGGUGGCCAUCCUGGGCAUCGGCUCUCUCCCCUCGGUGACGGCGCGGCUCACGUGGCGCGAGUUCACGUUCAUUCAGUCCAAACUGGGCUGGUCAGCGCUGCUGGUGGCCUCAGUUCACGACGCCGUGCUCGGCUGGAAGUUCAUGCUGGUCACCUACAACUGCUACAUGCCCACUGGACUGCAGAUGGCGCUUUAUCUGCCGACUCUGUGCGUGGUCGGCAAGGCCAUCCUGCUGCUGCCGCCGCUGAACCGAAGACUGAUGAAGAUCCGAUCCGGAUGGGUAGAUACAGCCGCUGUCUCCCCAGCCUAGUAUAGUGAUCGAACCGGCGAUUGGCGCCUGUGAGAGAGUUGAGCUGGGGCCGCUGAAACGAUCUGUUCUGGUGAAAUCGGAAAAAAAACGAUCAGGAGAUUUUGGCAGAUUCGCACUGUUGCGCAUAAUCGCUCUACUGUCUACGCAGCUACGCUGAUGGCUGAAGAGAAUAGUGCUGAGCAGCUGUAAAGCAAUCCACACUCGGUGGGUGUGGUUUGCUCUUUUCUGGUAGCUUUAUAAGACCGAUUCACGUCGGUGACUGUGGACCGUUCCACAUUCGUUAGCCGUGGACCGAUCCGCAUUCGAUGGCUGUAUUUUAUCCGUCCGAUGGUCCUCGUCAGGAGGUCCGAUAAUUUAGUCUUUAGUCUCGACAUUUGUCCGUCCAAUGAUAAUCCAUCGCGGUCCUGUCCCGUUCAGUCGGUGUUUGACUGACUGAAAGUGCGUGACGGGCAGCGUGGCUGGUCUACGUCUCGCGCUGAACGAGUUACUGCAAUGUAAGUGCUCGGUGGCAUGUAGGUGCUCGAAUUUUGUAAUAACGUUCAUAUUGAUAUUAGUGUCGACGUCGCAGGUUCGUCCUUUGGUCGAAACGCGCUGCAUUUAUCAUACAAAUAAACGAUUCCAGGAUGGAUAUGAGGCA